GUCUGGAUACUGUAUUCGAAUCUCCUUCAGUCACUCUUGCCUCAUACUAGCUGGCAAAUCAACAAAACAAGUUAUUCAUUUAUGUGAGAAUAUCAAACCACUGUCAGCAGUGCAAAGGGAAUAAAAGCCCCUUCGUUUUUCAAAGCAGCCACUUUUGCAGUUUCAUCCAAAGGUGAGAACCCUCUUACUCUGUUGGACACUCACCCUUUUCAUUUCUGGAUAUUUUUUUUGUUUAAAAAAAGUGUAAAUUGACCAGACUGUCUGUUUUCCGUGGAAAUGAAGGCAGCUCUAAUCAGCCUUGUUUUGCUCCUGCUUUUUCAAACUAUUCUGUCUCAAGCAAGAGAGAAGCAGCACCAAAGAAGAAGAGAUGAUGCAGCACUACAGUCAAAUUUACUGGAAAGCCCAUGUAAAGGAAAACCUCUAGACUUCGUUUUCAUCAUUGACAGUUCCCGUUCUGUGCGCCCUCACGACUAUGAGAAAGUCAAGACGUUCAUCAUUAACAUCCUGAAAUUCCUGGAUGUUGGCCCUGACACCACCAGAGUGGGCCUCAUCCAGUAUGGCAGUGUCGUCCAAAGCGAGUUCUCCUUGAAGACCUAUAAGAGGAAAGCAGACAUAGAGAAAGCUGUCCAGAAUAUGAUCCACUUGGCCACUGGCACAAUGACCGGCCUUGCUAUCCAGUACACAAUGAACAUAGCCUUCUCAGAGUCUGAGGGGGCGCGGCCACUGGACAUGAACAUUCCGCGCAUUGCCAUGAUUGUGACUGACGGCAGGCCCCAGGACACAGUAGAGGAGGUGUCAGGCCAGGCCAGAGAUUCUGGCAUAAAGAUUUUUGCCAUAGGUGUGGGGAGAGUGGACAUGAGUACACUGCGUGCCAUUGGGAGCGAGCCUCACGAAGAGCAUGUGUUCCUGGUGGCCAAUUUCAGCCAGAUUGAGACACUGACCUCAGUGUUCCAAUCCAAACUGUGUGGCGGAACCAACCUGUGUACUGAUGUUGAUCAUGGAUGUGCUCACAUCUGCAUCAGUACCACCGGCUCCUAUGUGUGUAAGUGUAGGAAGGGAUACACUCUGAACCCCGAUGGCAAGACCUGCAGUGCUGAGGAUUUUUGUGCUUUGGAGCUGCAUGGCUGUCAGCAUUUGUGCGUGAAUGUCCCAGGUUCCUAUGUGUGCCGUUGCUACGAUGGCUACCAGCUAAACAAUGACAAGAGGACAUGCAGCAGAAUUGAUUUCUGUGACCUGGGUAACCACGGGUGUCAACAUGACUGUGUUACCACAGCCAACUCCUAUGUGUGUAGCUGUCGCAGAGGCUUCGUUCUUAAUCCUGAUGGGAAGAGCUGUAGGAAGACUGACCCCUGUGCUUUGGGUAACCAUGGCUGUGAACACGAGUGUGUCAACACUGAAGACUCCUUUAUCUGUAGAUGCCAUGCAGGAUACACACUGAAUCCUGAUGGCAAAACUUGCAAAAAGACUGACGCCUGUGCUUUGGGUAACCAUGGCUGUGAACACGAGUGUGUCAACACUGAAGACUCCUUUAUCUGUAGAUGCCGUGCAGGAUACACCCUGAACCGUGAUGGCAAAACUUGCAAAAAGACUGACCGCUGUGCUUUGGAUAACCAUGGCUGUGAACACGAGUGUGUCAACACUGAAGACUCCUUUAUCUGUAGAUGUUAUACAGGGUAUAUUCUAAACUCUGAUGAAAAAACUUGCAGAAGUGUGGAACACUGUGCUGCGAAUGACCAUGGCUGCGAGCAUGCGUGUCUCAACACUGACGAGUCCUUUAUCUGUCAGUGCUAUGAGGGAUAUAUCCUUAAUGAUGAUUUAAAAACCUGCAGCAGAAUGGAUUACUGUGCUUUGAUUGACAAUGGUUGUGAGCAUUUGUGUUUGAACACGGAGGACUCCUAUAUCUGUCAGUGCUUUGAAGGAUAUACUCUUAAUGAUGACAGGAAAACGUGUAGAAGUAGGGACAUCUGCAGCACGGUUGAGCAUGGCUGUGAGCAGCUGUGCGUCAACACUGACGGCUCCUACAUCUGCAAGUGUUUGGAAAGAUACACGCUGAGUGAAGAUGGAAAGAGAUGCAAAAGAUGCGCUGAUGGAGUUAUUGACUUGGUGUUUGUUAUUGAUGGAUCAAAAAGCCUUGGGCCUGAUAACUUUGAGCUGGUGAAGCAGUUUGUCAAAGGGAUCAUAGAUUCUCUGGACAUCUCCCCAACGACCACCAGGGUGGGUUUGCUGCAGUACUCUACCAAAGUGCGGUCCGAGUUCACACUAGCACAGUUCAGCUCUGUGAAGGAUGUUAACGAAGCAGUGUCCCAAAUAAAGUACAUGGGCAGGGGCUCAAUGACCGGCAGCGCCCUGAAGCACAUGCUUGAGACCAGCUUUACUGAAGCAGAAGGGGCACGGCCGGCAUCAGUGCCCAAAGUGACCAUUGUAUUUACUGACGGACGCUCGCAGGACGAUGUCUCAGAAUGGUCAACUAAAGCACAGAAAAAUGGUAUAACCAUGUAUGCAGUAGGAGUCGGCAAAGCAAUUGAAGAUGAGCUGAGACAAAUUGCAUCCAAGCCACAGGAUAAGCAUUUGUAUUAUGCUGAAGAUUUUAGCAAAAUGGGUGAAAUUGCAGAUAAGCUAAAAUCACGGAUCUGUGAAGAAAAACCAUCCCUGGAGGACCAGUGCAAGUGUGAAAACGUGAUAGACUUCCAGAACCAAGCCAACGAGCAGAUGAGGAAGCUGACCCAGAGGCUGGAAGUCAUGUCAAGAAAAGUGGAGGCUCUGGAGAAUCGCUUGGGAUACAAAUGAAGAAAAAAAAAACAAGAAAGCAAAAAAUAUAUUUUUACAUAUGAGAAUUAUUUUCUAUGAUUGUAGUAAAAUACAUAUACAGCAUUUUUAGAUGGAUCAUUUAGUGUUCUGCCUUUUAUUUAAAUGCAUCAAUGACUAUGCCAGGACAUUAAUAGCAAAUAUUUAAUGUUAUUAUGUGAUAUUUACCUAGUUGCCACUGUUUUUAAUCAUUCAAAACUUCUAGCACCCACAACGGAGAUAAAACCCAAAAGUGCAAAUUGAUUUUAUAAGAUGGAUCACUACACAAUAAGUAUACUGAUAAAAUGCCAUAGUAUGCCUCUUACUUGGUUAAUAUUACCAAUAUAAACUGACUGAGCAGCAGUUUGAAUAUAGAAUACUGUAGUAUUGAACCUAAACUGUACAUUUAUUUAUUUAAAACACAUUUUGUAGGACUAAGUACACCAAAUCUGCUUUUGCGCGUGAUAAAAAAAAAAUAUAUAAUAAAAAAGUUACUUUAAGAUGGUCCAUGUAAGCACAUCAUUUUGGUUUGGCAGAAAAACAAAACCAACUCUCCCAUUGUAUUUUUUUUUUUUUUUUUUAAAUGUGGAACCAGAGAUAUUUACCCAGUAAAACUGAAGUGUUUACUUUUUUUGGGGGUGGUGGUGGUGGGGGUUUUGCGGGCAACAGGUGACAAUGUGACUGUUCACUCCCUUUAAAUGUAAUUCAUGUUACAAGCUGUUUUAUAUAUCUGAACAUUAAAAAGCAUUUGCUAAACA